AUGCAAAAAACGGUAAGUCUAUCACGAACAGUCAACGCGAAUGGACGUACAGAAAGUGCGUGCCUGCUUUCGAUCGACACGAACGCGACUGCGGUAUUUUUGACGCCAAUUUCCGUUAAAUUGUGUGUUUGUGCUCUUACUUGUGUAAUGCAGUGAAGGAAGCAAAAAAAACGCGUUUCUGUGUGUGCCGCGUUGCUGUGCGUACGUGUGUGCUUGUGUGUGUGUAUAUUGCACUCGUCGCAGAAAUGUGCCCUGUGAAGUAAAAGUGAUGGUAAUUUUAGCAGCGAACGAGCACCGACCAAACGCAGCCCGAUCGAUUCCUGGCACAUAAAGUUGGCACGGUUGGCGCCAUCCGUGUAGUGUGUUGACUUUUCGGCAUGCCCUGCCGGUUUGCUGGUAAAUGGUAAAUGAUCGGUUCGAUUUGUUGUGCAACGGUACCGGCCGGUGUAGGGUGGCUGGGUGGUAGUGAUUCAUUCCUGGCCACACAACAGUGAAGAUCGGUGCGGUGCGGUGAAUCAUUCCAACUCGAUCAACGCGAGUUACUGCUGUUGCUGCUGCAAGAUCACCUUUUUCUUGGGAAAGAGGAACCGCCUGUCCGGAUCACGGUUGAAGAAGUCGAGAAGUGUCUGUUGGGGUAUAAGGAUUAGUGGUGGCACAAAUACUAUGACAUGGGAUCGUGCCCGAGACGACACUUCCUGUUGUCAAUAUGCAUCCUGCAAUUGCUAUUCGUCAUCGAGCGCCAGGUGUUCGACUUUCUCGGCUACAUGUGGGCACCGAUCCUGGUGAACUUCUUCCAGAUCCUGUUUGUGAUAUUCGGUUUCUUCGGUGCCUAUCAGUACCGGCCCCGGUACCUCGUAGCGUACACUGUGUGGAGUCUGCUGUGGUUAGGAUGGAACAUCUUCCUAAUAUGCUUUUACCUAAACAUAGGAGUUUUAGAUAGGGAUAGUGAUUUAUUGAACUUGGGAACGGGCAGCGUGUCCUGGUUCGAGGAGAAUGGCUACGGUUGCCGGCCAACGUACCCCACCAACGUCACGUCGGAGGAUCCGUAUCGGCCCGUGCGACCCGAAAAGGUCGACGGCUGUCUGCUCGAGUACCACAUCGUGGAGGUGGUACAUGCGGGCAUCCACUGCGCACUAGCGUUCUUUGGAAUAUUUGGAGCAAUCUGCCUGGGCCAAACGUUUCUCGACGAGGAUGACAGCUUCGAUUUUAUGGGUGGAGACGCGAAGAGUCCGCAGCACACGGCGGUGCAUCCGAUGUACGUGAGCUAUAGUAGUUUACCGACCACCAACAGUGCCAACUCGACACAGCUAAAGCAGGCGGCCAGCAGCGCUAAGCUGCUGCUGCUAGCCGCCACUAGCAACGGUGGUAGUGGAAUAGAUGGCACGGGUGGAGGAGGAGAGGAGGGCGGAGAGCAUGGUACUGGGGGUGGUGUUGGGUUUGAUGCACGGUCCAAGCAUCCACCAUCAUCAUCGCUGCCCAAUCACCACCACCCGGUGCCCAAUAACAAUAAUCCACCAUCUGCCGGGGCACUAAUGCGCAAUAACAUCGGCAAUAGUGGCAGCUUUGGUGAUGUGCUGAAGGCAAAGCUAAAUGGGCCGCAGCAGCAGCAGCAACAGCAGCAGCAGCACGGUGUUCUGCCCAGUAACAGCAAUCACUCACCCUCGAAUACUAACACACUCCUGUCAUCCUCAUCCUCACCGUCAUCCACGUUCACGAACAUCCACAGCAGUCCGCAGAGUCUGCACAAUGCUCACAACAGCAGCAGCCAACACCACCAUCACCACAACGCUCACCAUCAGAACAGCACGGCGAGUCAGCAGGGUAUGGGCGCAAACGCGGCGAACCUACUGACCAAGCUGAGUAGCAAUAAUAGCAUCAACAGUGGAGGAUCGCGUGUGAUCUUGCUGCAGCAUCAGGAUAGCUCGGAAUCCUCACCACCACCGACGGUUCCGGCGCGUGGUUUGAGCCGGAACUCGAGCUUCAGCAAGGCAACCUCGUCCGGUGGGAGAGAUCAUCAUGCAGCGAUCCUCAACAAUAACCCACUGCGGAAGAACAGCAGUAGUGUGAGCAUUCUGCGGUACGGAGAUGGUGGAGUGCAGGGACGGCGAACACCGGAUCCGGAAGAUGACACGUUCUUCAUACCGCGAAGUGCCUCAUCUUAUCAGGCUCGUGCGGCAAACUUCGGUAUCAGCAAUCCGUUCAACAAUGUUGUGCUCGGUCGGCCGGGCUACCGUGGUGGAGCGUCCGGUGCUGAUGGAGGUACGCCAGGGGAAGAUGACGGGCGAAGGUUACUGCUUCUCAGUGGGUCCGCCCAACAGUUGGGUAGCUCGACGCCACAGAAGCGUAACUCACUGGUUGGGGUCCCGAGUGGCAGCGGACCCGCCACACCCGGCUCGUGGAAUGGUCGAGGAUCGCCAGUGCCGCAAGUACCUCCACUACCUCAGCAUUACCAGCGCAAGGGUUCCGAGCCGGGAUCCGCCGCCAGCAAUGCCUACCUAACGCGAUCUCCCAACCUGAAUCGUAUCGCGCGCCGUCACAAUGGAAGUGGUCCGGGUGCGAGUAACGUGCUUAACAAUAACGGACACACGGGUGCGGGUUUCCCUGACCGUGGACCUGGCAGUCGUAGUGGAAGUAGCGGACGUCUACCAAGCACAGCCAACCAGUGUGAUCAAAUUCGAGAGUAUGGAGGUCCGGUUGGGAAACCGCUCGGGUAUUGUGCGGCUGCGGUGCCAUCGUCUCCACCGGAGAACAACAACUUCCCGGCGCUGCCGGGUGGCUUUCAGCGUAACAACAACACACCGUCCGGCAUUCCGGUGAUGGUGAUGCAUCGGGCAAAAUCGCAGGAUCGGUUAGCGUAUCGAAGUCGCCGGCCGGGACGAACGUUCGGGGCGAAUGGCUCGGGACAUCAUCAUCAUCACCACCAGCAGCAGCAGCAGCGACCAAGGUCGUUCUGUAGCAACAAUGGUGCCUAUCCGGACUACGUGAUACUGGAGCAUCCAGGGAACUAAGCGUUCGGCUAUACGGCUAACAAAAACUAGAUCUAAGCGGCGUCAUCAAAAAAACGAGCGGUGCGAUAAGCAGGCGCCAACGUGUCUUGUUGUCGACCAAGAAUCGUCCUCCUGCCACUCCAACACCAACCAAAGUGGUCGAAUCGAAGAGUCCUUCGGGACGGUGAAUUAUUGAUGGCGGAAACGAGUCGCCGCGCUGGCGUAUGAAUGAAUUUCCUGUUUCUCACGCACUCUCACGCUCGCUCGAUGUGGUCCGCUUCUUGCUCACAGGAAGCAGCGUGUCGCCAACAUGGGAAAUGGGGGCUUUCAGGGAAAGUCGAUACGCCGCGUUGUACAGGGGUAGGCUGUGGAUGGCAGUGGGUUGUAAAAGAAAUUAUUGUGUCACUGCCCGUAAUGCCACCGCUAGAAUCGACGACUAUGAUGAUGGGUUUAGAACUGGAUGAGUUCUGCACUUUCUUUCUGUUUGAGACCGGAAUCUGUUGUUGAUUCUUGUAUUUCGUGAAUUUUAUCCAUCUGUUACGACCUCCUUACAAUCGUGCUGCUGUCGCCCGUGUAUCGCCAUGCCCCCCCCCUACAACUGAGGAGCCUUUGUGGUGAAGAUACCGAUUAUUUCUUCCAUGAAGAAGUGUUUUGCGUGAUGUGGCACCUAAAGGGCAACGGGCGAGAGCGACACAGUCAGUCAGUGAGGUCGCGCGGCAUUUGUCGCAUCCACGAUUUAUGGUAUUAAUUUCACAAAACCAAGGAUUUGCCGUUCGGCAAAUGGAAAACUUUUCGUGUGUGUGAGAUUAAUGACAGAGAAUCACCCCCCCCCCCCCCCCCCCCCCCCGCCCACCAACGCAACACAGCUGGCAUACCACGGGCAAGUGGUAGUAUUAAGACGUUAGAUUAGGUUUCUGUUAAACCAAAAUUAUAGCACCCGGUUUGCUAUAAAAAUUCUUCAAACACGAAGCACUUAUUUCUGCUUUCUCUCCCGUGCGUGGUGGAGAAAAAGUUAAUGAGAUAGAAAAUGGGGGUGGUUUGGGUUCUCGCGAGUGAGACGAUUUUACAAUUAAAAGGCUCGCUUUUUUGAGAUUAAUUGAUGUAGCAUGUAGAGUGCGUUCGAAUCAAUGACAAACAACAUGUGUUGUAUGGUUGAAGGCCUAGCGGGAUGGUCUCAUUUAAUCAAAGCGUUACUUCGAUACUUUUGCGUUGAUUUUUUUUACCAUCGUGUGUUUGGGUGUGUAGCGAAUGAGUUUUUUAAGUCUAAGAAUCGUAGAUGACAAAAAUUCUUGCCCAACUCGGAUCCCCCCCCCCCCCAAGAACUUGCCCUAGUUAGCUGAGCUCUUUUAUCCGGAAGGUGAUCCGGAGAUAGAUAAUGUUCCUUACAAAAAUCGUCUACAUCGAUGUCCUUAGGUGGGGUUAGUAGGGUGUUUUGUUAUGCUGUGCUCGGUAGCAUUGGUAGUAGCUUCACCGAAGAAGCUGUUUGUCUUAUAUUUAGUACAGGGAUUACUUAACUAAAAAACGGAUUGCUCCAUUGGCGUAACUUCGUUGUGAACUAGUUAGUGUUAUGACUUCGCACGUACCAGUAGUAGCAGACAUCUUAUCGAACUAUUUGAAUUUUCCUAUCAAUCGAAGGACGUUCCUUCCCCUUCGAACUAUCGUUGAUACAUAUGACUGUGUUAUAGAAGGUCCUGUUUUAGUAGGUUGUAGGGGUAGUAGGAUGUAUUAGGUACGAAUGUUCUCAUCCAACGAAACAGGAAAAAAAACCUUUCCACAACAAUUAAUCGACCGAAGUAAACGUUUGGUUUUUUGUUCGUAGUGAUCGUACAUUAUUCGUAUAUUGUUACGCGUCGUCUGUUUAGUGGAAGAAUUACUAGCAAAAGAAAAUAAAAGAACGGAACCAUGUAUUCCGGUAGCAGUAGCCAAAAGCGCAACAUCAGCCGUAUCCUAGCCAAAUUAAUGUGCGAGUGCAUGUAAAGACAUCUUGCCACGGGCGACAGCACGUAAAUGUCGCCAAACCAAAGCCCACAUUAGCCCCGAUUCGAGCAGGACACUAGCAGUUUAGUGUGUUCGAGUGCGAACGGAAGAACCUUUAGUAGGACGUAAAGCAAGCAAAGGUAGACCUAAUUAAUAGCCUGCCGAACGUGGAAGGAAUGUGUUUUGUUUUCACCUAAGAACGUUAAUGAGCACUAUUAUUCGAUUUA